CUUUUCGUUUAGAAAUUUUAUGAACAGUUAAGAGCGUUUGUACAAUAAAAAAUAUUUUUUUAUUUUAAUUAGGUGUUUGUAUUAAUUUUAUGUUGCUAUUAUAAUAAUUUUUAUGAGUUUCAAUGGAAAUGUGAAAAUAAAUUGAAUAACAUUAUAUAAACAUAGAAACUAGAUAUUUCUAAACGUUUCCAUUCUUUUUUGACAACUAGUGGCACAUGCAGCUGACGUGAACAGUGUUGUCUCAGUUUUUCUAAAAGUUAUUUGAAAAUUCUGUGUGUUCCUUGGCAUAAUGGUCCUCGAUUUAGAUUUGUUUCGUGCUGAUAAAGAUGGUGACCCAGACAAAAUCCGGGAAAACCAACGCAAAAGGUACAAAGACGUGGGGUUAGUAAACACAGUUGUUGAGCAGGACACUCUCUGGAGGAGAUUGCGCCACGAUGCGGACAACUUGAAUAAGCUGAAGAAUGUGUGUAGCAAAGAGAUUGGUCUGAAGAUGAAGAGCAAGGAGCCCGUCGGAGCAGAAGACCAGGAAGUGCCCUCAGAGGUAGCCGGCAACCUCGCCUCAUUGACGGGCGACCAGUUGAAACCUCUCACAGUAAACCAAAUCAAAAAGGUCAGAGUUCUCAUAGAUGAAGCCAUAACAAAAAACGAGCAGGCACUCCUCACAGCUGAGAAAACACGUUCAGCAGCACUGAGAGAAGUUGGCAACCACUUGCAUCCCUCCGUGCCGGUGGAUGAUGAUGAGGACCACAACUUGGUGGAGAGGACGCACGGAGACUGCACUCUCAGAAAUAAAUACUCUCAUGUGGACCUUAUUUGCAUGAUUGAUGGAAUGGACGGCGACCGAGGCACCGCGGUGGCCGGUGGUCGCGGCUACUACCUGAAGGGCCCGGCCGUGUUCCUGGAGCAGGCACUUGUGCAACUGUCCUUAAGGAUGCUGCUGAAGAAGGGCUACACUCCACUAUACACACCUUUCUUCAUGAGGAAAGAUGUGAUGCAAGAAGUAGCACAACUGGCUCAAUUCGACGAGGAAUUGUACAAAGUAGUGGGCAAGGGAUCUGAAAACAAGGGCGACAGUGCUGUCGAGGAGAAGUACUUGAUCGCCACGUCCGAACAGCCCAUAGCUGCUUACCACAGAGACGAGUGGCUGCCGGAAGCUUCUUUACCUAUAAGGUAUGCAGGUCUGUCCACUUGUUUUCGGCAAGAGGUCGGCUCGCACGGACGCGACACGCGUGGCAUCUUCAGGGUACAUCAAUUUGAAAAGGUAGAACAGUUCGUGCUGACUUCGCCCCACGACAACGCGUCAUGGAAGAUGAUGGACGAGAUGAUCACCAACGCGGAGCAGUUCUACCAAGUGCUCGGCGUCCCGUACCGUGUGGUCAACAUCGUGUCCGGAGCCCUGAACCAUGCGGCUGCCAAGAAACUGGACUUGGAGGCCUGGUUCCCGGGCUCUGGAGCCUUCAGGGAACUGGUGUCGUGUAGCAACUGUCUGGAGUACCAGGCCAGGAGGCUGCUUGUCAGAUACGGGCAGACGAAGAAGAUGAAUGCAGCGACGGAAUACGUCCACAUGCUGAACGCGACCAUGUGCGCGACCACGCGCGUCAUCUGCGCCAUACUCGAGGUGCACCAGACCGAUGACGGGAUCAAGGUGCCUGAAGUAUUGAAGCCCUGGAUGCCUGAGGAGUACCAGGACAUCAUACCGUUCGUGAAGCCAGCGCCGAUCGACCUCGAAGCGGCCGCAGCCGCUAAGAAGGGGAAGAAGCAAGAGAAGAAGUGAAGCUUCAAUGACGUCAUUCCCGCUAGCAUUGUUAUUUAUUUUCUCACGCUAAGCUUAAAUUUUAUAUUUCAUUAUAUGAAUGACUUUAA